AUGAGGAAAGAAACCCCACUUCCCUCCUCCUCCGUCCCCGGCGGAGCAGCACCCCCACUCGCAAAGUUCGUCAGCAGCUGCUUCGAGAAGAAGCCGCUCUUCCUCACAUUGCUCGCCCUCACAUUCGUCAUGCUCGUCUGGAACCUCCCUCCUUACUACCAGACCCUCCUCUCUUCCUCCUCCUGCUCCGCCUCCCUCGCCGCCGCAACCGCCGCCGCAUCCAACAUUACCAGCCUCCCCCUCACCGCUUCCUCAUUGCCUCUUAAACAGCAGAAGCUCUCCUCCACUCCCAAGCCCGACCCCAACAAGCGGGUCUUCCAGUCCUACGGCAAAGCCGCCGCGCUCUUCGUCCAAAUGGGCGCCUACCGCGGCGGCCCGAAGACGUUCGCCGUCGUGGGCCUCGCCUCCAAGCCCAUUCACGUCUACGGCCGCCCCUGGUUCAAAUGCGAAUGGAUCUCCACUAACGGCUCUUCCCUCCGAGCCUUGGCUUACAAAAUGCUCCCCGACUGGGGCUACGGCCGCGUCUACACCGUCGUCGUCGUCAACUGCACGUUCCCGGUCAACCCCAACCACGACAACUCCGGCGGAAAGCUCACCGUCAACGCAUACUACGGCGACAACCCAAGAAAGUUCGAGAAGUUCACCGCCUUGGAAGAAGCACCCGGCUCUUACAAUGAGUCCAAGUUCCACCCUCCUUACGAGUACGAGUACUUAUACUGCGGCUCCAGCCUUUAUGGAAACCUGAGUGCAUCUAGAAUUAAGGAAUGGAUGGCUUACCAUGCCUGGUUCUUCGGACCCAAGUCACAUUUUGUGUUCCACGACGCCGGUGGGGUGUCGCCGGAGGCCAGGGCGGUGCUGGAGCCGUGGGUGAAAGCCGGGAGGGCGACGAUUCAGGACAUUAAAGACCAGGCGGAGUAUGAUGGGUAUUACUAUAACCAGUUCUUGGUGGUGAAUGACUGUUUGCACAAGUAUAGGUACGCUGCCAACUGGACAUUUUACUUCGACGUGGAUGAGUAUAUCUACUUGCCAGAUGGGAAUACUUUGGAAUCGGUUCUGAAUGAGUUUCUGGAUUAUACCCAGUUCACUAUUGAGCAGAAUCCAAUGUCUAGUGCGCUCUGUCUCAACGAUUCCACUCAGGACUAUUCCAGGCAAUGGGGGUUCGAGAAGCUGCUGUUCAGGGACUCGAGAACGGGACUCCGUCGAGAUCGAAAAUAUGCAAUUCAGGCAAAGCAGGCGUAUGCUACGGGGGUGCACAUGUCGGAGAAUGUGGCCGGGAAGACGUUGCACAAGACGGAGGAUAAGAUUCGUUACUAUCACUACCACAAUUCCAUAACAGUACCAGGUGAGGUCUGCAGGGAGUUGGUGCCAAUGUCGGCCAAGAACAAUGUCACAAUGUACAACAACCUCCCUUAUGUUUUCGACGACAACAUGAAGAAGCUGGCCAGCACCGUUAAAGAAUUCGAGCGCAAAACGAUCGGGGAUGUACAGACGCCUCAGCCUGCACACAUCAACAUUCCAAGGCACACAUGAUCGUAUAUACAUAAAACUUCAAACACUGCUGCUAUUCUCACUCUGGGUUUGUCAUUCUGGCUUUCUUGCGUGUACGUGCGACAACAAACGGUGACUGGCGUGGGGUUGGCAAGCGUGCCUUUGUUGAUGAUUGUACAUGGUCCAUGAAUCCAAUUGGGUUCUUGCUGGAACCUCACAGCUCUUUUGGUGUUUUCCUUGAUGGGAAAAGCCGAAUAUAUAUAUAUAGCCUAGGGAUG